GGGUGCGGUUUUGGAAAAUAGCAUGUCAGAGUGGAGCUAGGCGCUGUCCUUUUCCGAUCUGCGUUUAGGUACACUUUUUUUGUCACCAAGUCCUGUUUGGCGCAGUGUCGCAGUUCGGAGCUGUGUCACAGCAUCCCAGAGAACGACAAACCUUGGGCCCUGCUCAUUCCAGAACUCAGCACUGAAAGGCAUUCUUGUGCUCGUGCAUUGGCUGGCAACGCUGAAAUUCGGAAAUAAAGACUGCUUCCCAACAUUUUCUUGGACAACUUAAAACAGAAAAAAAAACAAAAAACAAAAAACAAAAGAAUGUAUGUAUUUCCAAAGAUAUCUUUGAGACCUGAAGUUGAAAACUAUCUCAAAGAGAGCUUUUUGAACGAGGAGGCUGUGUCUGCUUCAAGCAGACAAGAAGCAGAAAGGAAGUUUGAGACUCUGCUGCUUCGCCUGUCACACCCUCCGUCGUUGACAACUGUCAGAGUGAAUACGCAUUUAGGCUCAGUUCAGCAUGUCAGAGGUCUGCUGCUUGAAGAGCUCCAGAAGCAGUUUGGUGAAUCCAGCAUUCCUGUUGUUCAGCAUCCAGCCCUCCCGGAUGUCUUGCUCAUCCCCAUGACUGGACCAAGGAAGAAUAUAGAAAAACAACAGUGUGAAGUGAUUGUUGGCGCACAAUGUGGCAAUGCAGUAUUAAGAGGAGCCCAUGUCUAUGUUCCAGGAAUUGUGUCAGCUUCAAAAUUUAUGAAAGCUGGAGAUGUUAUUUCCGUGUAUUCUGAUAUUAAUGGCAAAUGUAAGAAAGGAGCCAAAGAAUUUGAUGGAACUAAAGUAUUUCUUGGAAAUGGAAUUUCUGAACUGAGCCGCAAAGAUAUCUUCAAUGGGUUACCUGAUCUGAAAGGUAUAGGCAUAAGAAUGACAGAACCCAUAUAUCUCAGUCCCUCGUUUGACAAUGUUCUACCCAGUUAUAUAUUUUUACAGAAUUUACCAUCUACAGUUGUAGCUCAUGUUCUUGAUCCUCAACCUGGAGAGAAGAUUCUAGAUAUGUGUGCAGCCCCUGGGGGCAAAACUACACAUACUGCAGCACUGAUGCAGGACAAGGGAGAAGUAAUAGCAUUGGACAAAAUAUUGACAAAAGUGAACAAACUGAAGCAGAAUGCUUCAUUAUUAGGGCUUCAUUCUAUCCGGGCAUUUUGCUUUGAUGCAACAAAGGCGCUUAAGCUUGAUACUACCGAUGGCAUAGAAGGGGGACCUCCAUUCUUACCAGAAUCUUUUGACCGAAUUAUCCUUGAUGCACCCUGCAGUGGAAUGGGACAGAGGCCAAAUAUGGCUUGUACUUGGACUUUAAAGGAAGUGACAUCCUAUCAGCCACUACAGCGAAAACUCCUUCAUGUGGCAGUUCAACUCCUGAAGCCAGGGGGAGUGCUGGUCUACAGUACAUGCACAAUAACUCUGGCAGAAAAUGAAGAGCAAGUUGCCUGGGCCCUCAGAACAUUCCCCUGCCUUCAGCUUCAACCCCAGGAACCACAGAUUGGAGGAGAAGGGAUGGUGGGAGCUGGCCUGACAUUGGAGCAAUUGAAGCAGCUGCAGCGAUUUGAUCCAUCUGUUGUACCACUGCAGAACAUGGACACUGAUUCUCUUGGAGAGGCCAGAAGGGAAGACAUGAUUUGGUUGGCCAACAAGGACUGUAUAGGCUUCUUUAUUGCAAAGUUUCUAAAAUGUCAAAGCACAAAAGAGAAGGUUUCUCAGAAAUGAAAAUUCUGAAGACUGUCUGUGUGGGGGGCUUUUUCUUACACUGAAGUGUUGUCAAGCCAAGGGAGUGAUGGCAUGGUUGCUCAGGAAACAGGAUGAUGCUAAUGGCUUCCCUGGGAUCGGAAGGAGCAGCAGGCAUAUGUGGUUCUGGGGAAGUGGGGGAUAGGAAAGCAUAAUCAGCCUCAUGCUUUAUGAAAGGAAAGGAGUUGCCUGUGGGGGUCUGGAAUAUAAUUUCAGUUUUAACUCAUAAAUAUUAGUCUUUCUAAUGUCAUAAAUAUUGUCUUUCUAUGCAAAAAAAAAUAGUUUAAAAACAAGAACAAAGCUCUAAAGCUUUCAAGUGGUUAUGAAAAACUGUUUUCAGUUUCCAAGAUGGCGGUAGUUUCUUCAGUAAGUUUUCAGGACAUGGACAGUAACACUAACCUCAUCAUAACUGAGGUAAGUCGGCUUGUUGCUGGAGUCUGCCUCUGUCUCUCUCUGCUUACUGAUUGUAAAGCUGGCUUCUUAAUUUAAAGGUUUAUUUCUGUACUGAGUAUGUGUGUGGAACACAUGGUGAAGUCAGAGGACCACCUUUGGGAAUCAGUUUCUCGCCUCUACCUUGGGUUCUGAAGCUUGAACUCAGAUCCUCAGGUUUGUGUUGCAGGUCCUUUUUACCUGCUGAGUCAUUUCACCAGGCCACAGGUCACUUCUAAAUAAAGCUUGGACUUGCGCUAAAUACUUUGAAAGGUGAAGCCUAGUUAUUUACUUUGUAGUUAAAAUGGCCAUUGAGAAGUACUCCACAUUUUGGCUAUAUUUUAUCAUCUUCGGGAACAGACAUCAUGCAAAAUAAUAGGGAAAUGCUUGGUGAGGAGGAGAAAAGCAGUUACUGAGAGCCAGGACUCCCAUGCCCAGUAGCUGUUCCAGAGGUUAUUAUGUUAGAGUUCUAGAUUUAAAGGGUUGCUUUUUUACUAUAAAAUUACAACCAGAAGACACACAAAGAUUUGCUUCCAGCAUUCCCUCUGUCAAUUUUCAAAGGCCAUUUCAAAGGUAUCAAUGGAAGGUUCUCCCCCAAGGUAUGAAGAAUGGUCCUACUCUGUCAGAAAUUUGUGGAUCAAGCUUCAAGAUUCAUUAGGGCUAAGUAUAGAAAGGCUUUUAUUUUAUAUUAUAUGAUUGAUAUUCUUAUAGCAGAAAAAACAAAGGAUUUAACUGAA